UCGGCGCUGCCUGACGCUCAGGAAGUGGAGCAAACCACCAAAGAUUCCCGCAGAUUUAAUAGUGACGCUUUCAAUGUUACAAACGGUUUCACUCUGACCUAAAGGCAUAUUUAAACAUUUCCCCCAAAUAUUUGCGCCGAUAAUGCUGGAUGCUUGCACUCAUGAAGUUCACUAGGGACAUAUGCAGGCUGCUGGGACUCGGAAGCGGCCCUGAUGUCCAGCAACAGCAGCAGGAGGAGCAGAUGGACUGCAGUGCUGCGACUCUUGACCCAAGUCACCAUGCCACUUUGUCACAGGAUGGAAUAAAUGGAGAGGAGGAAUUGAGUGAGGAUGAAAAGGUCAGCCGGAAAGCAGAGCGACGCAGAGCUAAGAGGAAGCGUCGUCGAAAACGGAAGAAGCAGGAGCAGGUUAAACAAAGUGACGGUACUGAACAGGAUGACGAAGAGGAGGAUGGCGGUGCCGACUCUGAGUUAGAUGAGAGCGGGUCAGAAACAGACAUGCUUGUCGAAGAGGAACUACAAAGGUCACAGAGAGAGGAGAUAAAGGAAACUAAAUCUGCAGCUUCCCACAAGAAUGUUGCCACAUCAGUCAUAGCUCCUGCAGAAAUCAAAGGUCACCAGAAGCCACAAGCCAGGUCCGCUGAAGAGGAACCAGAGUGGGAUGUGAGCAGUGCCUUCUUUGCCAACGCUGCUAGUCAUAUCAAACCCAAAGGAACAAAUCGCAAGUCCAAAGAAAACAAAGAGAAUGAAGCUAAGAGAGAGACCAAUGGAACUGACAGUAUGACCAAGAAAAGCGCAUCACUGACAGAAAAAGGGAUAAAGCUGGUGCAAGAGGGACAGUACGCACAAGCAGUCACUAUGUUUACAGAAGCCAUUAAAUGUGAUCCAAAGGAUUACAGGUUCUUUGGGAAUCGUUCUUAUUGCUAUUACCUCUUGGAGCAGUACCCCCAGGCCCUGGCGGAUGCUGAACGCUCCAUUCAACUAGCUCCAGACUGGCCCAAAGGACACUUCCGCAAAGGCAGUGCUCUCAUGGGCUUGAAGCGGUACAGCGAGGCAGAGAAGGCCAUGGAGCAGGUGCUAAAGUUGGACAAAGACUGCGAGGAGGCCGUCAAUGAUCUCUUUAACUGCAAAGUUCUGCAGCUCAUGGAGCUUGGUUUUGAAGAGGUGCAAAGUGUUCUACUGCUAGAGAAGUUUUCAACUGUAUCAGCUGUUCUGGCUUCUUGUUCUGAUGCUGCGAGAGCUGCAGAUCCAUCUGUUGUGCAACCAGGAAGCCCUUGCCCGUCUCUUUGGGUGGGAAAUGUGACGACUGACUUAACAGAGAAACACCUGUGGGACCUUUUUAAAAUGCAUGGUGAGAUAGAGAGCAUCCGCGUGCUCCAUGAGAGGUUCUGUGCCUUUGUCAACUUCAAGAAUGCAAACAUGGCAUCCCGUGCCAUGGAGAAACUAAAUGGUUAUUGCAUCGAGAACACUCGCUUGGUGGUUCGCUAUCCUGACCGCCGCACUCAGAGGGUCCUUCCCUUUCCACUGAAGACUUUUCCUCCCGUCACACAGCAGACAGGAGCAGCUGCUGGUCCUCGGAGACGUGGCCCAGUAAACGGCGAUGAAUGUUACUUCUGGAGAACCACUGGCUGCCACUUUGGGGACAAAUGUCGCUACAAACACAUUCCUGAACAGAAGGGCAAGGACAGGAAACCCUGGCAACCUUGAACGCUGCGCCUCGGCAGUGUGCAGGAAACUAAGAUGCACCGAAUGUGCCAAUGGAGUUGGGACGAACUGGAUCAGGAUCUCCAGUCUAAAAAUAUGUACUGUGGCAGAAUGGACCAGAAGGAGCAGAGCCAGAUGUUGGACUCGAAGAGAGGAAUGGUCACACAUGUGUCACUAAGGACUGAGAGCGUGAAGGUCAUUUCAACCAAAGACCAGACUGGAUAAUAUUGUGAAAUAGUUCUAGAUUAACCAGACGGGAGCAACAAACCCUCAUGUUCACAGCCCUCCUUAGUACAUGGUGAACUAUCGCCUCUUAAAAGACACUAAAGUAAACUUUGCAGGCCAGCUACGAAACGUUUAAGUGAAACUGUCUUGGCCCACUAUCCAUGGGGGGUUAGAAGGUAAUGGAUCUGCUGCGUACAGCAACAGUGAAAGACAUCAGUGAGGAUUUUCUGCCAUCAUGUCCAGAAUCUUCCUUAUUCCAUCAAACAUUUUUGAAAUAUGUUCAAUUGACUUACCAGCUUGGAUUUUAACCGUUGAGGUCUACUUACUGCCCACAGCUGCUCUUAUCUCUCACCUGUCUGCUGUUUAUACUGGAAUACUGGAGCUCCAUUCACACUUGUUCCUGUGCCAGCAACAUCAACAGACCAAAGAUGUACAAACGGACAUAGCUGAUGUUUCAGUACCAAUGCCUAUGCAGCUGAGGACUUUUUUUAUUUUUUUUAAAAAAGCCAAUAAGCUACAGAGACCCAGAUGGGUGCCUUAAAACAGUUAAAUGUAGCUUUAAAUAAUCAGACUGAAGGAGCAUACGAUUGUUUAAUAACAUGAGUUGCGUUUAUCACUUUAUUUACCAAUUGGCUGCCUUUGUAUCGGAUUAGUUGUCAUGACAAGUGAUAGCAGAAUUGCUAUUCUCAUGAUAAUUGUGAUAGAAGUAACAGCAAAGCCUGGUGAUAUUAUGCAAUGCAGUAAAGUUGCUACUGUUUUUAAUAAGACUAUAAUGCCCAGUAUUUGUGGACGUUGUGAGGUAUUAUUUUACCCUUUUUCAUGGUUAGUUUUGAGGCUACAGGUUUUUAAUGGCCUGGAUUCCAUGAAGAGCUCCAUUCAUUAGGGUUCCUAUCUGUCUUUGUGGCCUAUCGGAGAGCUCGUUGCAGGACCACUGUAUAUCAAAUUCAAAUGAAGAGCUGUCGUUUGUUGUUUUUUCAGCAUUCGAAUAUUCAGUAUACUUUCUUGGCACAUUUGUUUUGGACAUGUCAAACUUUGUUUCUGCAAGAGAGAGCCAGACGCCCCCCCUAAACAUCAGUAACCAUCUGCAUAACAUAUUAUGCGUUUUUAAAAGCAGUGUUUAUGAACUUUAGAGCCUGAAUUUCAGUAAUUCAGUGAGCUGAAGAAUCUAAUGGCUCUGAAUUGAAAUAGGCACCAUUCGUUCAUGAGAUUUGACACUAGAUGGUGCAUUACAAGCCUCCCAGUAUCUACUAGACUACAGCCAAAGUCCACACUACGUUCACUUGUAUACUAUGCUCUGCAUGGUGAAUAUUUAUUUUGAUAUUUAUACAUUUCUUUAUUUCUCUUUAUUACACAAAUUCAGCUUUGUAAUAUUUUUUUUUUUUUUUAACUGGGCAGUAAAUUAUAGACAACCGUUUCUCAGAAGCCCCCCUCACCUUUCUAGUUUUGGCUUACAAGGCAAAAACUGUCACAUGUUGCACUUCUGCUUUUCUUUUGUUACUUUCUGUCCUGUGGCUUCAACUUGUGAAAAAGGAAUUGAAAACUAAACCUUAAGUCUGCACUUGUUUAAUCUAACAUAAUUGCUUAUUUCUUAUUUAAUUGGUGCUGUAAAAUAUUAUUUCAGAGUACAUUCAAAUUUGUCAACUUAUAACUUGUUUGAUUUUAAGCACAUCAUAUUUUUAAUAUUGCUGUUAAAUAUUACAAAUUGAAAUUUUAACGUUUGGUUCAUUUUUAUCCUCUUUACCCAGUUUCAAACUAUUAAAAGAAAAUGUAUUUCCACUUAGGGCCACAUUAAUAAUGACAACACUGCAUUUUUCUUAAAUAAUCUAAACACAUUUUUGUAUUAUCAUGGAUGCACAUCAAAUAAAAUUGUUUUGUAUUUAAUAAACUUAUCUG